AUGGAAAUUGCGGCGGACUUUGCUUCGUACGAGGAGGAGGCAAAAACCGCCCUUGUCAAGACGAUCAGAUCCGCGACGCAGAUAUCCUCCGAAGACCUGAAUUUCCUCCGUUCGUUUGAUAAGAAUGUAUCAGCAUCCAUCGACGAAGAAAGCGCGCGCCUCCUCAAUUUAACCAAUUCCAUUUUGAAGGUUGCGACGUCGGGAUCUGACUUGCAGAUCCCCGAACUACACAACGAGGAUGGCGUGGAAGAAAACUGGAGAGCGAUUGUGGAUGUCAUUGACGAGCUGUUGGAAAAGGCAGAUGCCUGUCUGGACGAAUUUACGGGUAUCAUAAAAAGGCUCAGUCCUUCUCAAGCAGAACGCGGCGUCGUACUUGGCAAAAAGACCGCAAGUGCCAAUUUCCCCAGCGUAUACGACUUCGGCCCAUCCAAGAUUCCCAAGCCUCAGCUUUUGUUCAAUUCUCGUCCAAAUAACAAAGACGACGGUACCCCUUUCAGACCAUUACUUCGUUCUAAACCCCAUGCGAUAACUCCAUUAUCGACCAGCGCGAGUGAAACUAGCCCUACUGGGACCAUCACCUCCUACAAGCAUCCAUACGAAACCGAAAUACGCAACUCCACCUAUCCUUCAUCGGUAUAUACUAUCUCCGUUCCUGGUAAAUUGGCACCUUUUGAGACCACCACCGCCACUUUUGUGGACACUCUGGAAGGCAUCCACUCAAUGCUUGCAGAGCUCAAAGAAGUGACGGAAAUAGCUAUUGAUUUAGAACAUCAUGAUGCUCAUUCAUACCAUGGUCUUGUAUGUCUCAUGCAAAUUAGCACACGCGAUAAGGAUUGGAUUGUCGACACAUUGAAGCCAUGGCGGGAGGAGCUUCAGGUCCUGAAUGAGGUAUUUUCAGACCCGAAGAUCUUGAAAGUACUCCACGGUUCAACUAUGGAUGUGAUAUGGCUCCAACGUGACUUGGGUCUUUACAUCGUCGGUCUCUUUGACACAUACCAUGCUGCGGUGGCCCUGAAUUACCCAAAGAAAAGUUUGAAAUUCCUUCUGGAAAAAUUCGCGAACUUCCAAGCGGAGAAAAAGUAUCAGAUCGCCGACUGGAGACUACGCCCACUUCUCCCCGGCAUGUUUGAUUACGCACGAUCCGAUACCCACUAUCUUCUGUAUAUCUAUGACCAAAUCCGGAAUGACCUUAUAGAACAUUCGACUCCUUCAAACAACCUGAUAGAUUAUGUCCUUGAAAGGUCUAAGCAGGAAGCUUUACAACGAUAUGAGCGUCCUGUUUAUAAUGCCGAGACAGGCGAAGGGAGAAUCGGCUGGCGUGAUAUGCUUAUUCGUAAUUCCACUCUCUUCAGUCGAGAGCAGUUUGCCGUCUUCAGGGCCGUCCACCAGUGGCGAGAUAAAAUUGCGCGGUCUGAGGAUGAAGGGGUCCAAUAUGUUCUUUCCAAACAAUCGUUAUUCAAAAUUGCCCAUGCGAUGCCUUUAGACCCCGUUUCAUUACUGAGAACCGUCUCCCCUGUGUCUCCUCUGGUCAGAGCCCGAGCUUCCGAACUAGUUCAAGUUAUCAAGCAAGCAAAGAUUAUUGGAGCAACCGGACCAGAGCUCCGAGAUGUGCUUUUCCCAUUAAAACAAAGGACAGAUGAAUCCAACCCGAGUACACCCAAAUUGUCGCCUAAGAGUGAACCAGACCACCGAUCAGUUUUAGUCGCUAGAGCAGACAUAUCCCAAUUUUGGGGCGCCACCCUUAAACAGUCACACCAACCUCCCAUUCCUGUUUCGCACUCUUUGGCAGCCACAGCGGAGGCAUUCCUGCUGUCCCUUCCCCUGCCCUCUAUACCGCCGAAAAUAUCAGAAAACCUGGUUAAAGAGACACCCGCUUUAGCACAGCCGAACAUUCCCAGACCUACUGCUACUACCGCAAACGAAAUUUUCACAAUUAAACAAUUCGGGGCUCCAGGAAAAAGGAAAAUCAGCCCAGCAAUGGAAAGGGAAGCAACCGACGACACACCUGAACCAAUAGCAAGAACAAUAGCAAUGACCACGGAAACGCCCAAUAAAUUCCUACAAAUGGACGACUCCGUGUCAGUGUCCAGUCCAACGUCGGUUUCAAGUACUAUGGAAACCAAAGCACAGAAGCAUCAGGAGAAAAAGCAGAAGAAGCAGAAAGGGGGAUCUACUCCUCGGCAACGAGGUAACAAUGGGGAUACCGAGGAAUCUCCUAACUUCACACCCUUUGACUACAGCAACGCUGAGUCCGUCCUUCAUGCAAAUACCGCGGAAAAUUGGAACAAUACUAACGGGCCUUAUCGCGGCAACCAAAAACCAAAACGACAAUUCAACCCGUAUGCCAAAGCGAUGGAUGCGCCUCAAGGGAUGCGAAAAUCGAAGAAUGAAAUUGAGGGUAAAUCUUUCACAUUCCGGCGAUGA